AUGUCACUGGCCCAGAUCCAGGAUUUCCUGGAGAAAUCGGCAAUCGACAGCGCGACAUCAUCGUCACCUGACCAUUGGAUCCAGGCCCAACAAGCGGAGUGGGUGGACAUCCAACGUGCCACGGAGGCUUGCCAAGCCGAUGCCCUGUGGGACGCCAUCUCAAAGUAUCCCCUUCAAGCGAACAUUGGUUGGCACAAUCUUUCAAGCACAGAUCCGCGCGCGUUAGCGGCAGCGGUCCGCCUGCACGCGUGGCACCGAUGGCACUCGUUCAAGCAACUGCAUUCGAGCAUGGUCCUGGUUGACUCGAUGGAGUGCAAGCUAGAUGACUCAGCCAACCACCUGCUCGACGAAGAUGCUCUGGCCUUCUUUGAGCUGCUUCUGGCAUCCCAGGCCCCAUACUUGUUUGCUCAUGGCAAAUGGAUGGUUCGCGUCACGGCGCAACCGGUGGAAUGGAUCCUGUGUUCCCGUGGGAUCGCCCACGCGAUGUGCGUUGCCCUCGCGGAGGCGGUGUCACCACGCGCUCGCGGCGGUGGACGAAACCGCCGAGUGUCGGCGGACCGUGAGCUGCGGGAUGAGAGCGGACCGGAACCCUUUCGGUCGCCCCGUGGCCGUCAGCCCGUAGCGGCCGUCAGUUGGAAUCGUCAAAAUGCAUGGGAGACCCCGGUAGUGGCCCCAUCAGCUGCGAGUGGUGCGCUGCCUGGCGGUGCGCUCCCGGUGCCAGCAACUGCAAGACGCCACGUGGAGGCGCCUGUAUUUCAACCCCCAACCACGCCGACGCUUGUGCAGCCGGCAACCCAAGGUGCCCCGACAGGUGGCGCAGCACCCGGAGCAGCUGCGCCGGGCUACGAGAUCGAUGUUGAUGACAUGGGGUGGUUCGAAGACCGAAUCGUCUACAACGCGCCGGCGAUUCCUCACGCGCCCAAGUUGGAUGGCAUGACGAAGGAGCACCGCCGGCAAUUUAUGCGCAAGUACAACGACUACUUGGAGCAAGUGAACGCCCUGCGGACGAACCGCACCAAGCCAUUUGUAAUGCCUGUGUCGGCGUGCAUCGAGCACGCCACGAAGUCGCGCGUGGCCGACUGGGAGCUUCGGAAGCCGGUCGGCCUCGUUACGGAGGCCGAGUGGAUCGCCUGGAUUCGCCUCGGGUAUGAUAUGAUUGAAGACAUGAUGAAAGUCAUCGAGAAGAACAACGAGGAAUGGGUCCUCAAGGCCGAGGCCAAGAUGAUGGUCGUCCUCAUCACCGAUGCUAUCAGGCCGGCGGGCCUGAAGGAAAUGGUCAAGGAAGUCCUCGGCGAGACGCACAACAAGGACCUGAAAAAGAAUAUGUACGACUUCGUGCAAUGGCUGCGGGAGUACGCAACUUCGUACCAGAGGUUCGUGAGUCUCCGGCCCGAGGAUAUCAACCCUACCAAGACGCCCAAGGGCAAUGCCGGCGCAGUGCGCACCGGCGGCGGCGGCUCAAACAAGGACCACCCGGUGCCGGAAGCUUCGGAUCUGUUGAAGAACGCAUACGGCGGACGUGGACGAGGAGCCGGGCGCGGUGACUCUGCCGGGGGCAAGACACCUGGCGAUGCCGCGGGCCGUGGUGCCGGAGCCAACCCCGACCGCAACCAAGGUGGCGCGAAGAAAGUCAACGCCCUCGAAGUCAAGGCCGAGGUGGCCCCAAGCCCGAAGCUCGCGUGCGUCGUCGAGGGUGUCCUGCCCUUGGAGGCCACCCUGUUCGACUCGGGGUCCGACACGUCUGUCGGAUCGUUGGGGUUGGUGACCGCGCUGUUGGCGGCGGGAGCGAGUGUGACCAUGCGGGACGCCAGGCGCCCACUGGAGCUCCAACCCUACGGCGCCGGCACCCCACCCGUCACGGUGACCAAGAAGGUCAAGCUGAAUUCCGUGGAGUUUCAAACCUCCUACGGACCACUUGUUCUGCGCGGCCUGGACCUGUGGGUUGACGACGCUGUCAAGGACAAGGCCGAGCUCGCCGACGGGGUGUUGGCGGCGGCCCGGAAGCAGGCCGCCGUCUGGGACUUGGAUGCUCUGGCCACAGACUCCCCGGCGCCAACAGCGAUGGCGUGCAUCAACCGUCUGAUGCAGACGAAGCUCGAAGACACCGCCGAUGAAGAUGACGGCAUGCAAUGUGCGACACCCCUGCCGGGCGCCGUUACGCCGGCAGAGAAUGCCAAACAAGAGGCCGAGGUGUGGGAGGUGCUCUCCGCGAAGAUCAACAAGGCGGAGAAGGAGGGCCUUUCAGAGGUCUCCUCGAAGCAGCUCUUCAGCGAGAACAUCGAUGUGUUCCGUCUGGAGAUGGGCGGGGACCCCCCGAUCAAGGUGGAGCCGCUCCGGGUCCGAGUCAAGCCUGGAGCGGUCCCGGUCAAAUGUGAAUUGAGGCGGUACCCGCCCCUCCACAUGGAAUACCUGGAGGGACACGUGGCGGAGCUGGAACGGGCCGGCUUGGUGUACCGAAACAACCGGAUGACCAUCGACAGCCGCCCGGUGAACGCUUGCGCGGAGCCGAUGCCGUGGCCAAUGCCCAACCUGGACGCGGCUCUUUCGAUGCUGGCCGGCACGUCCGCGGCGGUGAAUCAAAUGUUCGGUGACCUCCUCUUUCACGGGGUCCUCGGCUGGCUUGACGACCUUCUGGGGUAUGCGUCCGCCGAGGACGAACUGUUGGGCCUACUGGCCAACGUCCUCGGCAUCUGCGGGGCAUUCGGCCUGAAGUUGCGCCCGAAAAAGUGA